CGACACCUCGUCUCAACAAAAAUAAAAAUGGCAACAAUGAAAAAUUUUGAUGUCAACGUCACUUGUGCCGAACUUCACGCUGAAAUUCUAAAUCUACAAAAAAAAUGGAAAACAUACCGCGGACUCACGAAGAUAUCGAGGCAACGAUCCUCGAUAUACAGAAGAAGAAAAAGGAAAUUGCUCAAACAACCAGUGACAAGGGUGUCGGUUUGCUGGAAAGUGGAUCGUAUUUUGAUAGCGAGUUCUACGAUGACGGAGCCAAUAACAAAAAUCGAUAUGAAACCUCUAUUGCCGCAAAUGACGCUGACGAUGCUGACGAAGAGGAAGAUGAGGGAAUGCCUAUGCCACAAGCUCGAGCCACAUACACAGCUCCGAAAGCGGUCCUCAAAGACAUUGUUCAGUCCGAGAAGGAGGAUUUUGAUCCAUUCGCUGAUCGUCGCCGACCGACUAUUGCUGAGAAAGAAGAUGAAUAUAGACAAAAGCGGCGUCGUCUCGUAAUUUCACCGGAACGAGCUGAUCCCUUCGCUGACGGCGGUAAAACACCGGACACCGGUUCCAGAACUUAUACUCAGAUUAUGAGAGAGCAAAUGCUCAAAGGAGAAGAAUCUGAGUUACGGAAGAAAAUUCUCGAAAAAGCCAAAGACGGAACACUGCAACAAUCACGAAAUGGCGAUUCAUACAAAACUGUUGAGCCACGGAAACGAGGACGUUGGGAUCAAACCAUUGACGAACAAUUCGUACCAGCCAAGAAAUCCGCCUCGGAGGCGGCCACUCCAACAUGGGGUGAUGUUGAGAAAACACCUGGUGAUCGUCGUUGGGAUGAAACACCCGGUCAUAAGGGCAGUGAAACGCCAGGCGCAACACCCGGAGUAGCCACUCGAAUCUGGGAUGCAACUCCAGCUCAUUCUCAUACUGCAACAACUCCUAGUCAUGAAACGCCAGCUCACGAGAAAUCAACGCGAAGAAAUCGCUGGGACGAAACACCCAAAACUGAACGAGAAACACCAGGUCAUAACAGUGGCUGGGCUGAAACACCGAAAGCCGACCGUAUUCAAAGUGAUGGAAUCAUAGAAUCGGCUACACCGGGAACGAGUAAACGGCGAUCGCGUUGGGACGAGACACCAUCCAAUGCAACACCAUCGAUGACACCAUCGGCGGCAAUGACUCCGAGCAUGACACCGAGUAUGACUCCGAGUGCUACGCCGGGACAAUCUACGCCAGGUUCGACACCGAUUGGUCAUAAAGCUAUGGCAAUGGCAACGCCGACUCCUGGACAUCUAGCUGCAAUGACACCAGAACAGUUGCAAGCCUAUCGCUGGGAAAAGGAAAUUGACGAACGAAAUAGGCCGUUUUCCGAUGAAGAACUCGAUGCCAUGUUUCCACCUGGCUACAAAGUUUUGCCGCCUCCAGUAGGUUACAUUCCAUUGAGGACACCGGCCAGAAAACUAACAGCAACUCCGACACCAAUGGCCGGCACCCCAACUGGAUUUUUCAUUCAAGUUGAGGAUAAAUCUGCAAAAUUUAUGGACAACCAACCUAAAGGACAAAAUCUGCCGUUCAUGAAACCCGAAGACGCUCAAUACUUUGACAAAUUGUUGUUAGACGUUGACGAGGAAGCGCUGAGUCCCGAAGAGCAGAAAGAGCGCAAAAUUAUGAAACUGCUGCUGAAAAUCAAAAACGGAACACCACCAAUGAGAAAAUCAGCUCUGAGGCAAAUCACUGACAAGGCUCGUGAAUUCGGUGCAGGACCAUUGUUUAAUCAAAUCCUUCCACUGCUCAUGAGUCCGACAUUGGAAGAUCAAGAGCGUCAUUUGUUGGUGAAAGUCAUCGAUCGCAUUUUGUACAAAUUGGAUGAUUUGGUGCGACCAUACGUGCACAAAAUCUUGGUGGUCAUUGAACCGUUGCUCAUCGAUGAAGAUUACUACGCUCGUGUCGAAGGUCGAGAAAUUAUAUCGAAUUUGGCCAAAGCAGCCGGUUUAGCUACCAUGAUUUCAACAAUGCGACCCGAUAUCGAUAACAUCGACGAAUACGUAAGAAAUACCACGGCACGAGCAUUUGCUGUUGUUGCUUCGGCGCUUGGCAUUCCAUCAUUGUUGCCUUUCUUAAAGGCCGUUUGUAAGAGUAAGAAAUCUUGGCAGGCCAGACAUACGGGCAUCAAAAUCGUGCAACAAAUUGCCAUCCUGAUGGGCUGCGCAAUUCUACCACAUCUGAAAUCACUGGUUCAGAUCAUCGAACAUGGAUUGAUUGACGAACAGCAAAAAGUUCGAACCAUUACUGCUUUGGCUAUUGCAGCUCUUGCUGAAGCCGCCACACCCUAUGGCAUUGAGUCAUUCGAUUCUGUAUUGAAACCAUUGUGGAAAGGUAUCCGGACGCAUCGUGGUAAGGGUCUGGCUGCAUUCUUGAAGGCCAUCGGUUAUUUGAUUCCGUUGAUGGAUGCAGAGUAUGCCAACUAUUACACGCGUGAAGUAAUGUUGAUUUUGAUUCGUGAAUUUCAAUCGCCCGAUGAGGAAAUGAAGAAAAUUGUCUUGAAAGUAGUCAAACAGUGUUGCGCAACUGACGGUGUUGAAGCCCAGUACAUCAAAGAAGAAAUCUUGCCUCAUUUCUUCAAACAUUUCUGGAAUCAUCGAAUGGCAUUGGAUCGCCGCAAUUAUCGUCAACUGGUUGACACGACGGUGGAAAUAGCAAACAAAGUGGGAGCUUCGGAAAUUAUCAAUCGAGUGGUGGAUGAUUUGAAAGACGAAAACGAAACGUACCGCAAAAUGGUGAUGGAAACGAUCGAGAAAAUUAUGGGCAAUCUGGGUGCAGCCGACAUCGAUUCCAGACUGGAGGAGCAGCUUAUCGACGGAAUAUUGUACGCAUUCCAGGAACAGACCAGCGAAGAUGUAGUCAUGCUGAACGGAUUCGGAACGAUUGUCAAUCAGUUGGGCAAGAGAGUCAAACCAUAUCUGCCGCAGAUUUGUGGUACCAUUCUGUGGCGUUUGAACAACAAAUCGGCAAAGGUUCGACAACAGGCAGCUGAUUUGAUAUCACGUAUCGCUGUCGUCAUGAAAACAUGCCAAGAAGAAAAACUGAUGGGACAUUUGGGUGUUGUACUGUACGAAUAUUUGGGCGAAGAAUAUCCAGAGGUUCUCGGCUCUAUUCUGGGCGCACUUAAAGCCAUUGUCAAUGUGAUUGGAAUGACCAAGAUGACACCCCCGAUCAAGGAUUUACUGCCUCGCUUGACACCCAUUCUGAAGAAUCGACACGAAAAAGUACAAGAAAAUUGCAUUGACCUGGUCGGACGGAUUGCUGAUCGUGGGCCAGAAUACGUAUCCGCCAGAGAAUGGAUGCGAAUUUGCUUUGAGCUACUGGAACUGUUAAAGGCACACAAAAAAGCUAUCCGUCGAGCAACAGUAAAUACAUUCGGUUACAUCGCUAAGGCUAUCGGUCCUCAUGACGUACUCGCCACACUGCUGAACAAUUUAAAAGUACAAGAACGGCAGAACCGUGUAUGCACAACAGUUGCUAUUGCUAUCGUAGCCGAAACAUGUCGUCCAUUUACCGUAUUACCGGCCCUUAUGAACGAAUAUCGUGUACCAGAGCUGAACGUACAGAAUGGUGUGUUGAAAUCGAUGUCCUUUUUGUUCGAAUACAUCGGCGAAAUGGGCAAGGAUUACAUUUACAGUGUGUGUCCGCUACUCGAAGACGCUUUAAUGGAUCGAGAUUUGGUUCAUCGACAGACAGCGUGUGCAGCUAUCAAACAUAUGGCAUUAGGAGUGUACGGUUUCGGUUGCGAAGACGCUCUCGUUCACUUGCUGAACUACGUUUGGCCGAAUAUAUUCGAGACCUCACCACAUUUGGUUCAAGCAUUUAUGGAUGCCGUUGAAGGAUUGAGAGUAUCACUGGGUCCCAUCAAAAUAUUACAAUACACUUUACAGGGCCUAUUCCAUCCUGCCCGUAAAGUACGAGAUGUGUACUGGAAAAUCUACAACUCCCUGUACAUUGGCGGUCAAGAUGCAUUGGUCGCUGGCUACCCGAGAAUAUCAAACGAUCCGAAGAAUCAAUAUGCACGUUACGAGUUGGAUUACAUGUUGUAAAGUUCGUGAUCAAGGUUGAUCGGUCCGGCAUCACCACAUCUCUCUCACUAAGUCGCUUUGUACGAUGGGAAUAUUUUGAAUUUUUAAAUAAAGAAUACAUUCGAGUAGGAGAAA